CAAUCACAACAUAGACUGCAAACACAUCUUCAAAGUGUGAUUACAACUCAUUUUGACAGUUAUUUUCACUAUAUUUUGACGUCUAUUCAAAAUCACUGCUAAAUCGCAAACCAAAGUGUAUUUGAUUUGCAAACCAAUCGAUUGGUGGCCGAAGAAGUGGUGCACAAGACGUGCGGACAAUAAGCACAUGAAAUAGCGUUCACUCAAUACAAACUCGGAGUGCAAUGAAUGUGGAGAAGAUUGAGGGGACGGGCGCUCACAAAAGUGGUCUCUUGUACUACGGCUUCAAUCAGGACUCGGGAUGUUUUGCGUGCGGUCUUCACAAUGGCUUUCGUGUCUAUAACUCGGAUCCCAUUAAGGAGAAGGAGAAACAAGACUUCAAUAACGGAGGCAUUGGUUUUGUGGAGAUGUUGUUUAGAUGUAAUUAUUUGGCACUCAUUGGCGGCGGAAAACAACCGCAAUAUUCAACUAAAAAAGUGAUGGUUUGGGACGACCUAAAGAAGAAACACGUGAUUGAACUGGAAUUCUCAUCCGAUGUAAAGGCCGUGCGUUUGCGUCGCGACAGAAUUGUUGUAGUCUUGGAGACUAUGAUUAAAGUAUACACUUUUACUCAAACCCCACAACAGCUACACGUUUUCGAGACCAGUAAUAAUCCGAGAGGUCUUUGCGUUUUGUGUCCAAAUAGUAAUAACUCUUUACUGGCGUUUCCAUCGCGAAAGACAGGACACGUCCAGAUGAUUGACUUAGCGAAUCCGGAUAAGUCUGCGGUGGAUGUGAUCGCACACGAGGCGCCCCUCAGCUGCCUAUCACUAAACCUUUCGGGCACUCGAUUGGCCACCGCUUCCGAAAAGGGAACACUAAUACGAAUUUUUGACACUUCCAACGGUUCACUACUCAACGAACUGCGAAGAGGUGCCAACGCGGCCAACAUUUAUUGCAUAAAUUUCAAUUUGGAUUCAUCGCUACUGUGUGUGUCUUCAGAUCACGGGACGAUCCAUAUAUUCGCUGUCGAAGACUGCAAAAAGAACAAACAAUCGAGUCUAGCCUCGGCAUCGUUUUUGCCUAAAUAUUUUAGUUCAAAGUGGAGUUUCUCUCGAUUUCAAGUGCCGGUCGGCGCCCAUUGUAUUUGUGCCUUCGGCGCGGAUCCAAACUCUGUGAUCGUGAUCUGUGCGGACGGCAGUUAUUAUAAAUUCUUAUUCAACUCGAAGGGCGAGUGCUCUCGGGAUGUGUUUCUCAAGUUUCUGGACAUGACUGACGAGGAAUCAAAUUAAAGACAACUAGAUUUAUGUUUUUAUAUAAUUUCUAAAAAUCGUGACAAAAACCAGUAAUUAUUGUGCCUUUUGUAAAGACCGCAUCAAAUCAUUAUAACUUAUCAUUGAAUUUAUUUAAAUUAUAGACUUAUGAACCAAAAUUAAAAUUCAUUUUAAAC